GGCCCUUGUUAAAUUUUGAAAGUGAAUAAAAUAAUGCAGACUAUGCAGUCAGCUGUUAAAGGUAGCCGGUCGUGUCCAUGCUAAUGGCUUCCUGGGGCGGUUACACGAAUAUACGAUGAUCAGCAUCACUUCCGGACCGUUCCGGUUGCGUAGAUGGAUGACCGAUAACAACAACUGCAGGAUUUUUUUUUUGCGAAGCAGCGAACAUUUUUCGAAUUUUCACUGUCCGAUUUUUCCUAAUUUUCUUCGUUUGGAUUCCUCAUUCUUCGCUUUUCAGAUGUCAUUUCAGAUUAGUUAAUUUGUCAGUUUUAUGAAAGCCUUUCCGACUCAGUGUGUCGCUAGAUUUGGGUCAUCAUUUGGAAUUUAUAAUUUUGGUCCUGUUAUUCCUGUAGGCAGUAGAGUGUACAGACUACAGAUAGCCCUGUGUAGUGUAAAUUUUAUCUGAGGACUCUAUCGUGACUUAACGUUGGAUAUGGCGGAUGGCGAUGGUGCCCCCGCCACGAGUGGACCAAAGAAGAUGAGCAGCAGCGGCAAGAACCCAGCCACACCAGCCCACCCGUAUCCUCGAACAAGCAAACCCUCGCACUCCCAGCACGAUCAGCCGUCGACUUCUAAACUGCCUCCUCUUGAUUAUGACCCUGCGGAGUACCAACUGGUGCGGCAUUUACCGCGCCAGCACCCCCGCGGCCCCCACGACGUGUAUAUCACACUGAAGACGGCCUUCAAAGCGCAGAUGCAGCGUUGCCGUCGGAUGCUGGAGGCCCCCGGCUGCCCGGGGAUCACACUGCAUGGCCUUGGGGCCGCGGCCAACCGUGCCGUCAAUCUUGCGCUGCAGCUGUGCAGUGAGUACACGGGCCUGCUGCAACUGCACGCCACCACUGGAAGUAUGCCCAUGACGCAGGAGCUGGAACCCCUGCGCGACGAUCUCGAUCCCGUCAGUCAGACGCGCUUCAUCUCUGCCAUCCACAUCCGGGUCUACUUUGUUAAGACGCUCGAGGAUUUGAAGAAGAAAAAACCAUGACGUUGCACUUGCGGAUUCAUCAUUCGUUCGGACAAUUUUUCAAAUACUUUUGUAAUAAAACUCAUGAAAUAACUCGAUUUUUCGCAUCUUCGUGAUUACGGUUUAUUACGGAAUCAUUUGUGCCGAUUUUUUAAUGGAAGCAAAAAAUGAAACUUGCACGAAGGCGAGAGCAUGGAAUUAGCGAGUAAAUCAACCGCUGACCCGUACACAGGCGAAG